AUGCACGGCACGAAGGGGUCGAACGUUACCCCUCUCCGUCAGAGCCUCUACGAGGACCCUCUGGAUGACACGGAUGAGGAUCUGUCGGACGUUCCGUCCGACUAUGGCGGUUCCAAGCAGACUAAAAAACUCAAGUUACGGGCGAGAGAUCGUUGGCAGCGAUAUUGCACAGCGAAGGCAUCCGAGCCAGCUGUCGAUCCGCAAUGGUUUGAUGCGGAGGAGGCCCUCCAGCGGGCGUCCGCGAAGGACCUGCACCGGUUCUGGAACUGGGUCCUUGGGAAGCUGGAACGUGGGAAGGGGGGCCGCAAACUCAAAGGCACCAAGAAGACAAGCUCCCUCAAGAGCGACUGGAAGUAUUUUCAAGGCUACUACAGGAAAGUGACGGGAAACGGAAUCAGUGAGAAGAUGAACGAAGAUGUUCGGCGAGGCAUGCGGUCUCUGGCCGACAAGCACGGUCUCGACAAUCAGCCGCGCGAGAACAUCCCCGUCUACAUCGAAGAUAUGGUUCCCUUCAACCAGACAAUCCUCCGGACACGGGAGAAGCGAUUCCACCUGGGACUGCAACGGCUCCUGCUGUGCUUCUAUAACAUGCUGGGUCUGUUCACAGUGAACCGGGAGAGUGCUAUCCUGAACCUCCGAUACAAGGAUCUGCUCCUGUCCGUGCAGAGGGAUCCGCACGGGGGACCGCCGGUGCCGACGGUCGACUUCAGGCCGGAAUUUAUCAAGCGAAAUCUUGGGAUGGGGAAACUCAACACAUUUGUAUUGCCGGAGAUUAUCUUCGACGUCUCGCUUCUCUUCAGCCCGCACGUCUUCCUUUUUGGUUUCCUGUUCCACGCUGAGGCGUUCGAGAACUCUAGCCCCCGGACCAUGGAGGACGUCCGAAAGCUGGUCCCCGCGGAUGGCUGCCAGGAGAUGCCAUUGCCGCUGAAGCGGGAAAUGGAUAACUGGUACAUCUUCUGCAAGGUUGAUGUCCAGGAUGGGCAGGUUCGCAUCCUACGCGAUACGCCUAUGAGUGCGAGCACGCUAGAUUCCCAGUUGAAGAGCGUGAGUGAGAUCCACGGAUUUCUCAACACGUUCUUCUCCCAUCAGUUCCGCUACGGCGGGGGCAAGCUGCUUGAUGAGAGUGGAUUUGUCAGUGAUUCGCAGAAGAAUAUGAUCAUGAACCACGCUACCAACCGCACCUUCGUCGCCUACUACCGUACGCGACGCCACACCGGCCUGCAAGAGAUCAUGUGUGGUCUCGAACCGGACGAGGUGUUCUCACGAGCGUUGACUCGAAUGAGCCGAUGGAUCGACAGGCGCCGGCCCCGGCACCUGACCGAUGCCGAGAGGGCCUCCGUGGAAGAGGACCCUGAGCUGCAGGCGGCCAUCCGUAUUCGGGAGGACCUGAUCGACCUCUACACGCGCACGCGGGAUGCUGCACUGGUGCCAUUGCUGCAAGAGCGACAGCGGGAGGUCAGCAACACCCGACGGAGGCUGCAGGACAAGUUAAUACACAAGCUGCGCCGUGAGUUCAGCCGGAACCAGGCGGUGGUCGAUAUUGAACGCCAGCUGUCGGGGUCUGGGUCGGCGGUUGACGACGAGGGUGCUCGGGAGGUGCUGCGGACGGAGUUUGAGAUGCCACCGGCACAGAUCCACCUCCUGGAGAAACUUCUGACCUGGCCCACCUCGGACUCCCUGGAAGACGAGUGGCGACGACGGAAUGAGGCAGUUGAGGCCGUGAGACAGUACUGUGGCUUCCUUGAGGGCGGUCCCCUGCGAGGGCGGCCGAAACGGGCGAUCCCGCCAACGGAUCCUCACAGCGAGAAUAUCCCACUCCAGAAGAAGAUCAGGCAGGAGGGUUACCCGGCUCCUCCCUCUGGGGAGAAGAAGUGUCGGGCGGUUGAGAAGUGUCGGGCGGUUGAGAACCUUCGCAGUGGGUCUGCGCCGGAUCCGCUGGCAUGCUUUCAGUGUGGGAAAAAGUACGUUCAACAUGUAGGGGUCAUCCGGCACUUCCGGACAGCGCAUCUCAAUGAUCGUCGGUGCACCCCCUGCGACCUCGCACUCCUCUGUGAGAUGGACCUGCGGAAACAUGCCGCGGUAGUUCACGGCGUCAGUACACGACCCCACAGUAUAUGUUGA